UAGAGCCUUGAGGAACCCCACUGGAACCCGCGGAAAGGAGAUAGGAAAGAAGAAAGUGGCGGGAGGCUGCGGCUAUGGACAUCCGUCGGUACUUUACUCCCAUUGGUGGGAGUAAAAAACCAGGAACAUCAUCCCAGUCCUCUAAAGAAACCAAGAGGAAGACUAUUAUAGAUAUCUCUGAUGAUGAGGACGCACCACCAGCUGUGACCAAGAGGCAGCGGCGGAUUGUGGACUCAGACUCAGAUGAUGAGUUGUUCACAAAGACUCAAGAAAAGACCAGACUGAAAGAGAAAGAAACCACCCCGAAGGCCAGUAAAUCCAAGUCUCAGCAGAAGCAAGAGCCUCCCAAACUUAAGCCUGUAACAGAUGUCAACUUUUUUGGUAGAGAACCUGUCCACAUCAAGGAGAAGAUCCCUAAAAAGAAGGAUACUGGCUGCAAUGAGGAUGACUUUGAGAAGACCUUAAAGCAGCUGGAUAAAGAGCAGAGUCGGCCUCGUAAGGAAGUCAAGAGCAGCCCCAAGCACCAUCCUGUUGUGGAGCCCAAACCAAAGCCAAAUGAAAACAGUCCUCCAAACAAGAAUCCCCCUAAGGAUAGCUCCAUCAAAGAAAAACAUUCUAAGGAAACACUGUCUCAUAAGUUAAGUUCAAAAUUGAAAGGUUUUGAGUUCAAGAAAAGAGACCAUGAUGGUUCUGGUGACUCAAGCAAAAAUUGUAAGGAUGAAAGUGAGCUGCAGCACAAGGACAAGAAAGCAAAACUGGAACCAUAUGAUAAAGAGAAACCUCCCAAAGACACAAGAGACAGUUAUGAUGUUAAAAAAGAGACACCACAGAAAGAAGUGAAGACUAAAACUGAACAGGUGAAGAGUGUCAAAGAGGAGAACAGUGAAAAGGAGUCAAAGAAAGCGAGUGGACAUUCCAGUAAAGGAGCGAAAAUAUCCCCAGUGAAGAAAGAGGAGGAAAGUAAAACAGGUAAUCCAACUGCCACACCCAAGAAGGUGACUCCAAAGAAACCUACCAAGGAGGAUUCCCAGCCCGGGGACACCACCCCACAGGAUGAGAAGAAGCAAGCAGCCAGAAAUUCAUACCUGAAGUUCCUCAAAAGGUCUGGGCCAGCAAACCCAGGCAGCAAGUCCAUACCUGAGGGCAAGCCAGACUGCCUCCAAGGACUUGUGUUUGUCUUGAGUGGUGUGUAUGACAGUCUGGACCGUGAGGAAACCACAGAGCUCAUCAAGAAGUACAGUGGGAGGGUCACCUCGUCUUUGAGCCGCAACACCUCAUACCUGGUAGUGGGUGUGGAGGCAGGAGAGGCCAAAUUGAAGAAGGCUGAGCAGCUGGGAACCAAGCAGAUUGAUGAAGAUGGGCUGCUGGAGCUUAUUGCAACACUGCCCGGGAAGGAGAGCAAGGAGGCCACCCCCAAGCAAGCAAGUUCUGGUGCAAGUAAAUUAAAGAAAUUUGCCAAGGAAGAGAAGCUACCAACACCUCCUAAGAGCAGCCCCGGCACACCAGGCAGCCUCAGCAGCAGCCUCAGUUCUGCCACCACACCCAAGACUCUGCCAAGUUCUCAGCUGUCCUUGGGAUCACAGGAGAGUGAAAGUCCCUCAUCGAGCACCUCCUCCCCCAAGACACAACCCAUCUCAUCCCAAGAUCUGAACUGCAGGCCCCUGGAGUGCCUCAUGUGGGUUGACAAGUACAAGCCAGCCAGCACGAAGAACAUCAUUGGGCAGCAGGGUGGCAGCUCAAAUGUUAAGAAGUUGCUCACAUGGCUUCAGAACUGGCAGAAGAACCAGCUGGGAGACAAAAGGCCACCUAUGCCCAGUCCCUGGGCCAAGGACGACUCAGGAGGUUAUUACAAGGCUGCCCUUCUCUCCGGCCCCCCUGGUGUAGGAAAAACCACAACAGCUCACCUGGUGUGCAAAGAGCUGGGCUAUGAUGUUUUGGAGCUGAAUGCCUCGGAUGCACGGUCCAAAAAAUCCUUGGAUCAGCUUGUGUCCGAACUCCUCAGUAACAAGAGCCUGGCAGGGUUUGCAACAGGCAAAGGACAGACUAGCUCCAGGCAUGCACUGGUCAUGGAUGAGGUUGAUGGGAUGUCUGGCAAUGAGGACAGAGGAGGAGUUCAGGAGAUGAUUGCACUCAUUAAAAGGUCUAAGAUUCCCAUCAUUGCCAUGUGUAAUGACAGGAACCAUCCUAAAAUCAGAUCUUUGGCCAACCACUGUUUUGACCUCAGGUUUUACAAGCCCAGGGUUGAACAGAUUAGGGGCCCAAUGAUGAGUGUGUGUUACCGUGAGGGUGUAAAGAUCAAGCCCGAGGCCUUGGACCAGAUCAUCAUUGGCUCCAAUCAAGACAUCCGCCAGGUCCUCCACCACCUCUCCAUGUGGUCAGCCAAUGAGAAGAACCUCCAGACUGAAGAUAUGAAGAGGGAAGCUUCAAAGGCCCAGAAGAACUUUAAAAAAGGCCCCUGGGAUGUGUGCAGAGCUGUCUUCACAGAGUCUGAACACAAGAAUUUCAACAUUCAUGCCAAAUCUGACCUGUUCUUCCAUGACUAUUCCAUUGCUCCUCUCUUUGUUCAAGAAAACUACCCCAAGGUGGUGCCUCACUGUGCAAAAGGUAACCGGCGGACUACCCUCGAGCAGCUGGCCAAGACUGCCGCCUCGCUGAGUGAUGGCGACCUGGUGGAGAGGCUCAUCAGGAGCCACAACGCCUGGUCUCUCUUGCCCACUCAGGCCAUCUUCAGUAGUGUCCUGCCUGGGGAGUACAUGUCUGGCCACCUGGCGGCACAGAUAGAGUUCCCUGCCUGGUUUGGCAAGAACAGUCGCCGCAACAAGUUUGACAGACUCACACAGGAAUUACAAAUGCACAUGAGACUCAGGAUAUCUGGAAGUAAGAGAGAUGUUGGCAUGGACUACUGUGAGACCCUGCGCAAUGCUGUGGUGAGGCCUCUGGUGAGCCACGGAGCGGAGGGUGUCGAUGCCUCAGUGGAGGCCAUGAACUCUUAUGAUCUUCUGCGGGAGGACCUAGAGGCAUUGCUUGAACUGUCCAGCUGGCCGGGCUCCAAGAAUCCCAUGAGCACAGUGGAGAGCAAGGUGAAGGCAGCAUUCACACGCAAAUUCAACAAGGACGGCCACUUGACACCAUUUGCUGCUCCAUCCAUUAAGAAAAAGAAAAAACGAGGUGCGUCAGAUGCCUAUGGUGAUGAAGAAGAGGAGGAGGAGGAGGAUGACGAGGACGAGGAGGACGACCUGUCAACAAGCGGAAUGGUCAAGGUGAAGGGAGGUGGUAAUAAAGGACAAGCAGCAGGCAGAGGAGGAGGUGCAAGAGGAGGAGGAGGGGGUGGAGGUGCAAGAGGAGGAGGGGGUGGAGGAAAGAGGGGUAGGGGCAAAAAGUAAUGUCUCUAAUUUUAUAUGUAUUAACUCUAUGAUCUAAUAAUGAGGUACGUUUGCCCGUCAGACAAAAAGUGUAAAUUGACUUCCUUUGUUCUUUAUAAUAUCUUAAAAUGUAGCUUUCAAGAAUCAUUAUAUUCUGUCUAUUCAGACUACUGGUCAAGGAUACAAUGUGAAGGCAUGUGCUUUGUGCUAGAGGCAGGUAUUUAAAUAUGUGGCUUGAAGUGGUUUGUACCUGAAAAUUUCUAUUAUAUAUAUAUUAUUUUAAACAUACCUUUAGUCCUUGAGAAUGAGUGAAAUACAAAAAUGUUCAUGCUAUUUUUGGUGUGAUUUUAAUAAGCCUGUGAAAGAAGCAGCACAUUGCCUCCCUCCCUCAAACAAGUCAUGGCAUGCCAGCCCUACCUCAUGUGUUCCACGUAGUGGGUGGCGAGUGCGUUCCCAGUACAGGUUAAUCUUCUUGUAUGAAUCUUUCUUGUCCCUUAAGUUCUAUUCAGUUGCCAGUAUUGAAGAAUGGGUCAACUCACUUGUCCAGUGAGUCUGUAAUGAAGGAUUCAUUCUUGAUCAUGAAAAAUAGAUAUUCUACCUCA